AGCUCGAACGCUUCGACUUUCGAAUUUCCAACCGAACGAUAAUCCAUGACUGAACUUCUUCCACGAACAGUACUCAUGUCUUCUACUUCUCCAAUAUUCCGCUUCAUAGGCUCAACUCUGCAACUUCAGUCCAGUGAAUCAUCGUGCAUCGAAUCUCAAAAAUUUGAUUCUUCAACAUCAAUGGUCCGUCUGUCGAGAAAAAAAGAGGAAAGCGAGUGGAUUCAGUUGUGGCUCCAUCAAGUUCUUGCAUGGGACAUCGUGGAUAAACCCGCACUCCUAGAGGCGAUACCGGGGGAGAAUGAAAAGUUCAGUAGACCUAUUUAUAGUGACAUUUGCAUAUUUCUCAGCCUUUUGACUAGAUGCAAAUGUAGUGUCUACUACGUCGACCUUCAUGUUGAUGUUAAUGAUAUUUGAUUCGAGGGCGAGGGCUGCUCGUAGCAUUGGACUGUGAGAUGUCGCAUCUGUGAUGCACCAACACCUUGGUCCGCCUACUGAACGGAAGAGCUAUGAUAGAAGUUUGACUUCGAAACCGGCCUUCACCAUAGGGUCCAGAGGAGAACAAGUAGCACGGGAGCCAGGGCUUCCGGUGGUGCAGAAGUAUUGACCUUGAACGGAAAUUUUCUCAGAAUUUUUCAGCCUCGGCCAAUGUUUCAAGAGAAUAUCCUGUGGAGGAACCACUCAAUCAUAGCACAUGUGGGAGGAAUGUGGAAAAAUUGCUGAAUGCAUUUUCGUCGUUCGAGACUUCUCUCUGGCGUGCGCUGAUUUAAAAAAAAAACUGGGUGGUAAAUUGGUGGAAGGAGCAGCCCACUUGAACAGCAAGCACUGAGCUCAAUCACUGCAACAUUUUUGAGUGAGAUUGAUCGAACUCCUCGCACCAGCCACCCACUGCAAUGAAAAAUGGAGCUCUAGAGCUCUCUUAAAAACAACGGUCCAAUUCUAGAAUGAUGAG